AUGUCACCAGACGUCACCCACAUCAUGAAGGGCUGUGCUUGUCUGGUCCAAGGCAGCUUGCUCGUGGCUGGACACAGCCCUGGGUGCAACGUAUCGCAUUCGAAUCAGAGAUUGGGAGUGGCGCCCAGCCGCAGCCUCUUCCACAAGGUGGCCGCUGGACCCGUGAAGACGCUCCGCCCUGCCGCAGCUGGGCCACGCACCGCCGUGGACGCAUCGCCCAUGCCGGUGCCGCAGUCUGCGCCGCGGUGCCAAGUGCCACCCGAGCUGCCUGGCGCGACCGCGUCGCGUUCUCCGUUCGUUGCCACUAGUUGGCAGCGGAGCCCCGGUUCGGGGCGCGCCAUGGCCUGGAGCCCGCAGCUGCUGCGGCGCGCUCGACCUGGCGCUGGUGGUGGUGGCGGCGCUCCACAUCCUCGACCCCCCCAUGGGCAUGAUCGUGGGCCGCUGCUGUUUGACAUGGCAGCUGAGUCGGAUGAGGACCUCGAGCUCGACGCACCACCACACGCUACCACUGCGCAACUGUUGAGUACCUCCGACCCGGAAGUGAUCUUCAUGGGCUCCGACGAAGGUCUCCAGGACAUGGAUGACGAUGGACCAGUGGUUGACUCCUUUGGACGUCCCAAUUUGGCACCUCUCCAUGAGCGCUUUGUUGAGGAGAUGCCGGAUGGCCGGUUCGACCUAUUUGGUGACGAACCUGUUCAUUCCCGAGCCCCUCGAGUACCUCCUGCCGGUGUACCUGGCCAUGUGACCGAACCUCCUGGCCUUAGAGAACCUGGCAGUGCGAAGGUACCAAGACCUCCCAAAGAACCACGACCUGCUCGCGAUCAACGACGCCAUAAUGAACCACCGGUACAACCAGGUCAAGACCUUCGAGGGCAUCGACGCAAUGAACCACCUCCCCGAGCUGACAGGGGACCCGCGGCCGAGGAGGAGGUGAAGUUGUGUUGUGCCAUGUGCUCACGAGUCCAUAGAUGGUCACCUUCAACGCCAUGCCAAUACUGUGGCGCCAACAAGUUCUUCGACCCUCGUGCACCUCAGAAGCACCACACGGCAUUUGGCACAUGGAUGUACAUGCCACAUGAUAGCUCUGGCCCACCACCGUCUUCACAGGGCUCACAAACUUCAUCCUCGAGAAGGAGAAGGAGACGAAGGCGCAAUGGUCGACCAGACGACCCACCUGAUGAUCCUGAGGGCGACGAACUACAUCAAGAAGAGCAUGCAGAGAGUGAGCAGCCAACCAACGACCCUGUGCUGCCAGACGAGGCAGCCGAGACGCCUGAGAACCCAUUUCACUUCGAGGAGGAACCUCAACGAACUCCUGUACGACCUUCUCGACCUCCGUCGAUGGCUGCUUCACAGCGUGUGACACCUGGACCUGCAUUGCAAGAUCCCAUCGACCAACUCAGCAAGGCAUUGGCCAAGCUCAUCAAGAAGGGCAAUUCUUCAGAAGCCUCAUGGAAUUCCAUGAUGGGACCCUCCAAGGGGAUCAAGUUCCGUGGAGGCGCAGCUCCUGCACCACCGAAGUGGUACUUCAACCCUGAAGAUGUCCGCGCCUACGACCGCUACGAGCGGAAGGUAUUGUUGUGGGAGAUGCAGGCCAGACACUUCAUGUCACAGGCUGAGAUUGGUUUGACCCUGUACGCAUCCCUGCAGGGAGAAGCAGAACAGCAGCUUGAGUUUUUGGAGAUGAGCGAAGUUUACUCCAAGACCGGGGUCAAGACCAUCCUCGGUCUCCUCAAGAGCGCUUUCCAACAAAAGCAGGUUUAUGUGAAGCGCCACUACCUCCACACCUACGAAAACAUCAGCCGCUUCGGCUCAGAGUCCUUACGGACUUUCAUCAACCGGUACAAACGUACCGAACUGGCUCUGAAAGCCGUCGGCGUGGACAUUGCUCUGUCCUACGAUGCUGAAGCAAGAGGCAGCCGUUUGUUGGACCGCUGCCGAUUGAGUCAAGAUCAACAACGACUGGUUCUCGUAGGCACGAACCAGGACAUGAGCUUCGACGCGAUCGGAUCGGCCCUUGUCAUGCAAUUUCCAGACUACAGGCCUCCACCUCCGAUCGCCCAAGCCUACCAGAGCUCAAAAGGACCAGGCGGGAAAGGUUUUCCGCCGAAGCACUUCUCGAGUGGAACUACUUCCUCGGGUAUGUCUUCGGCAAGCACAGCUCCGACCUUGGCUUCCUCCUACCGCAAGGGCGAUGGGAAGAAUAGACCGAGGCGUGUUUUCCAGACGGUCAACGAGACCAUGGAUGGCUCGCCAGAUGGCGAGGCAGAGGAUCCACCUGCUCCUGAGGAUCCAUCUUUUGAUUUUGAAGAGCCAGCCAACGAAGAGGACGCUGGCGACGACAUCGACGGCACCGAUGACAACCAUGGUGCCGAGGAUGUGGAAAGCUUGAUGCACGUGCUCACCGUCACGGCUCGCAAGCUCGCGGCCAUGAACCAAGGCCGCAAAUUCAGGAACGCUCCAAAGAAAUCCAUCGAGCAGCGAAAGCAAGAGUCACCUUGUGCCGCCUGCGGCCAACUUGGCCAUUGGGCUGGCGAUGAAGCCUGCACUGUCUCCGCCAAAAAGGGCAAAGGCAGUGGCAAGAGCAAAGCAGCCUCCAGCUCAGACAAGUCGGACGGCAAAAAGGUGUUCACAGUGAAUCACUACACGGGCUUCCAAACUCAUGAGGAAGCGGAGGGAUGUUCGGACGUCGAGUACGAGCCGCAUGAUGUUUUGGUUGUUUUUCAAACAUCCCAACUUCCUGCAGCAUCCAUGAAGCACGCUGCUCACUUCAUGAUUUUGGAUUCGGCAUGCCAACGAUCGUGCACUGGAAGCCAAUGGUUCAACGAGCACCAGAUGAUUAUGAACAAGUUUGGGUAUGACAUCCCUAUCAAGUCCAGCUAUGAGAAGUUCAAAUUUGGUGCCGGCGAACCCUUGACCUCCAACCAGCUCGCGUUUCUUCCCGCCGGCAUUCGAGGUCAUGUUUGUGUUUUUGGAGUACAUGUUUUAGCAGCUGACAUUCCGUUUUUGGGCAGCCUUUCGGUCAUGCACAAGUUGUCAUUGACGUUGGAUUUCGCCAACCAGAUCGCCGUGUUGGGUGUGUUUGAUGGUUUGAAGGUUCCACUUGUGAAAGUUUUGGGCCACCUUGCAAUCAAGAUCACUGAAUUUCCCACCACGGACUCGCAUGCUUUGAUGUCAUGGUCACACGACAGUCCUGUUUGCAAGAAGCUCAUGCACUCGAAGGAACAUGAAGUCAUCAUUUUGCCACCGCCUGCAGCCUUUGGGACAGCUGAUCUCGAGCCCGCUGACCUUCCUCAGACCGUCCUUCAUGCACGACGGGCCAGCGACAUCGGCAGAGAAGUCAUGGGCCAGCUUGGUCAAAAGGCUGAUCCGCCUGACCAUGAGCGUGUGGACGCAAAUGGCGGCCUCAGUCAAGAUGGGCAUCAUGCCGCUCGAGCAGUACAAGGCAAUGCUAGCGUACGGCACCAAGAAGCUCAGCAAGAAUGCCAAUACCGGCAAGGGUGGACAGGCCAAGGCCUCCAAGGACAAGAAGAUCGUUCCGACACCGGCAAGUCCACCACCGCCAAGUCGACCGGCAUCUUCGUCACAGAGCUACAGCACGGGAGCCGAGCUGACGCUCGCACCUCCGAAGGGCAAGACAAGCAAAGCCAGCCGCAUGGGCUAUGCUCCGACCAAUCCAUUCGGCAAGACACCAACAUGCAAUCACCCGGACUUCAUCCGCUACGGCAACGGAUGGGGCAACUUCGCAAGGUGCAAAGCAUGUUACCAGAGGUGGCGCUGGAACGACGCGGAAGGCGUCUGGAAGUCGGAUGGCUUUUGCUCCAAACCCUCGCACUCGCCGCAGUCACCCUGGACGGCGGUGGAAUCGAUCACUCAGGUCUACCAGGAGCCCUUGAUGCUGGUGCCAGAGGAGACUAUGCCGACCCAUCAGCCCAAGCAGCUGCCUUUGCAUCGUGCCCAACCAAAGCGCAGGUCCAGGGCACCAUCAAUGACCUCCUCGGCAGCGGGCCAUGGAUUGACAGCAGCAGCGCUUCAAGACUUCGAUGUCCUGAUGGACAACGCCAGCACCUUCGGCACCCUUCACAGCCGCAUCUUAAGCUGGGACUCCGGAAGCGACUGAGCGGCAACAUGGCAAAGAAUGUCAAGACCUUGGAGAAUGAGGUGAACGUGCUCGACCACAUGCCCUAUAAGGAGAUCAUAAAGAACAAGGUCGACCUCCUCGAGCUCUACAGCGGCGCUGCAAGACCAACGGCUUUGGCAAAGCAGCAUGGAUUGACUUCGCUGCAACCCUUUGAGAAGGACGAUGGCUAUGACCUGAACGUUCGACAAGUGAGGAAAUGGUGCACUCAGGCGAUCAACCAGUUUCGACCUCUUUUGCUGCUGGUCGGAUAUCCCUGCACCCUCUACAACAUCUUCAAUGAGAAUCUGAACUAUUCCUCACCUGAUCGACGUCAGGAACUCUAUGAACUUCGUCAGGCAGACCUGGACGGACUGCGAUUCGCCAUACAACGGUGCCUUCAACAGCUCGCCAACGGUGAUCUCUUCUUCCUCGAGAACCCGCUCCGUAGCAGGCUCUGGGAUCAACCGGAGGUUCUUCGACUGGCACAGCACCCGGAUGUCAUCAAGGGCAGUUGCGACUCUGGUGCAUAUGGCGCUACUGACAAAGACGGCUAUGUGAUCAUCAAGUCCUUCGGCUACCUCACCAAUUCCACUGAGAUUGCCAAGGAGCUCUCCUGCCGCAUGACCAAGGAGGAGAAGACGCAUGCAAGGCCGCUUGAAGGCCAACGGGUGACGGACUCACAAGUCUACCCUGUGAAAAUGGUCCAUGCGCUGCUUCGUGGCCUACGAGCUGAAGCACAACGACGUGAUCCUGCACGAUUUCAACCUGUGCACUGGGUCCUAUAUGCUCAACCGGUUCACGAUGAACAACGCUGGACUCAAGAACUGGACAUGGUGAAGAAGCUGUUCGGCAACACGUCAGCCCGGACAAUAACACUCAAGCCCUCCAGCGAGAUCUACCAGAUCGUCAGCGAGCUUGUACCAUGGGAGCUCAGCCGUGUCCAGGCCACUUCAAGACCAAUGAUCCGCCGGCUGCCUCAGGACUUUCCAUACACUCAUCGAGGCAGUGCUAUCCAGUUCAACGACAACACCUUCGAGCUGGAAUCUGAGGAUCUUGGAGCUCUCGAGUUUCCGAGGCAGAAGUUUGGCCGUCCUGUGGCUUUCGCGAUCUUCUUCUACGGGGUCGCUGAAGAUGAAGACAAGAAGCCAGACAAGCCAAAAGAACAAGAGCCACAUCAUCACAUUCCAGGCCUCAAGACCGACGUCAGCUUUCCUGGACUACCUGCCGGAAUUCCACGAGAAGUUCAAGCUUCAGUGGCUCGAUUACAUGUGAAUGCCGGACAUCCAGCCCGGCAAGAGAUGAUCCGCCUUCUGACGAUGCAUGGGGCCAUUACGUCUCAGAUCCUCUCCUGCAUCGACCACCUCCAAUGCGGAUCAUGCAAGAGGACACAACUUCCUCAACAACCUCGUCCAGCAGCCAUACCGACCAUGUCAGGCCAGUUUGGCGAUCGACUUCAAAUCGACCGCUACUGGGUAAGAGACCUCACUGGCGCCAAUCACUGCUUCCUUGGCAUUGUCGACAUGGCCACGAACUACCAGCAGACGAUUCGGCUCACUGGACAAGGCGCCAAAGAUGUCUAUCACGCCCUCUGCCAAGUUUGGUUCAAGCCUUUUGGACAUCCCCUGGUCAUUGAAGCUGACGACGACCGGAACUUCGAGGGCGAGUUCAAAGAACGCAUCGAAGGCUUUGGCACACACCUUCUCAUUGUGCCGGCUGAGGCACACUGGAGGAUCGGAAGCAUCGAGCGCAAGAAUGCCAUCCUGCGCUCAACAAUGGAAAAGAUGAUUGAUGAGUAUGGAGUCACACAUCCAGAGAUGCUCGACGACAUCGCCCUGGCCGCCACACAGGCGAUCAACAGCUCAGUCACCUCCAAGGGACGCACACCCUACCAGGCUGUAUUCGGCCGUUUACCAAGGUUUCCUGGUGACAUCCUCGGUGAUGAACGUGCACUCCUGGCCAACUACGACGCUGUCUAUGCGGAGGAGAUGAGAAGUCACGCUCUGCGCAUCAUCGCAGAGACUAGAGCAUCACAUGCAGUUCGAAGAGCCCUCCUACGAAAGACAGCACCAUCUCGUGAAGAAGCACAGGCAAUCCUACCUGGCUCUAUGGCAGCAUACUGGAGAUGGCAAAAGAAGUCAAAGGGGCGCAAACGCGGAGGCUAUGUCCUGGCGCGACUGAUGAGCCAUGACCCUGACAACAAGAGCGCCUGGCUUCACAAUGGCAACAGUGUGGUUCAAGCCACCUAUGAACAGAUUCGGCCAGCAUUUGGCAUUGAGAACUGGUGCCCCUCAUCACAGGACAUUCAGAUGCUUCGAGAUGGCAGUACUAGACUGCAGAAGGGGCUAUGGCAAGAUGAACGUGGACCACCACCUCCUCGUCUUGACCAGCACCUGAAGUUGAAUUUGAACGGGCUGAUACCACCUUCUGAGGACGACAUGAUCGAGGGCGGCAAUCUUGAACUACCUGAACCACCGGUUCCUGCUCUUCCACCCGAUCCUGGACUGCCUCAACUACCUGCAGAUGGCGAACAGGAGACUCCUGUUCUGAUGGAUGCUACUGCGCCACCUCAUCGAGAACCCGAGACUGGUGAGCCACUGAACAAGCAGCCAAGGCAUGAGGUGAUGUUGAUGACAUCUCAAGACCGUGGCCGCCUUCAGCAGAUCACACCCCAACCUGAUGGAUGGGAUGGCUCACCGAUCAUCGAGAGUGACAACCCAUGCAUGGUCUACAGAACAGUGGCCGCCGAGAUGCUCAAUGAGCCGCUCUCUUCGGCGUCCUCCGAUGAUGAACAAAGAAAGCAGCCAUCUGAUCUGGACACCACAACAAAAGAACUCCAGCAGCUGUACGAAUGCAUCGACAUGGUCAAGAACACAGCUGCUUUGGGCUUGCUCUACCACCCGGUCAGCUUCGACCGCGCCAUGCACCUGGUCGGAUACUCCGAUUCCUCAUGGGCCAAUGCACCUGGCGGCAAAAGCCAGAUGGGAGUGCUGAUCCUGGCAUGCUCGCCGGCCUGCUUGAGCGGCACCGCUCGAGCGUCCAUCCUGGACUGGAAGAGUGCCCGCAGUCCGCGGGUGACAAGGUCAACACUGGCCUCCGAGGCCAAUUCAAUGGAUGAGACGGCCGACAGAGCCACCUACAUCAACAGCUACAUCAGCGAGCUCCUCUAUGAGGACUAUGUGCUCGGCCAAUGCCAUUUGGCCCAACUCCAGGUGACCGACUGCCGGUCCCUCUACGAUGCACUUCUGAGCCCGAAUCCGGCCCUGAGUGAGAAGCGCACGAUCAUCACCGUGCGGUCGAUCCAGGAGCAUGUGGACGCAAAGAGCGUCCGGUGGACACCCACCAAUGUCAUGUGGGCUGACUGCCUCACAAAGGUCAGCACUGACCUGAUUUUCAGCUUCCAGCAGUGGAUGGAGCAGACCCAGGUCUCACGAAGACCAGGUGGCAAUGGCCAAAUUGGACACCUCCAUUUCCAGUGCUUGGUGCAACCUGUGGUCGCGAAGCUGGAGGAUGAAGUGGACAGCGGCGAGAGUGUUUGGGAUGCGACUCCCAUCUCCUGCACAGUGUGCCGCACUCCGCAUGACAAUUUUGCGGAGCAUCUGCAGUCACAGCAGCACUACGAAUCGUUGCAAGCCAAGAUUGGUGAGAUGACUGGCAGGAAUCCCCGUCAGCUCCGCGCGGAUCAGUGCUGGUUGCAGUCCGCGGGACAGAUCACCUUCAAUCACCUCACCGGUGAGAUGACGAUCACGGGCGAGUGCUGA